GUCAGUGUUGGUGGUGGUGACAUCUGGCGGCUGAGAAGUGAACCAGCCAGCCAGACGCCGGACAGACUUGCAAGGACAAUGGCUGAGAAAGGUGAAAUCAAGAGUGCUUCAUCUAGCCAUUUGGAAGAGUUGGUGGAUCGUUUCAAGUCAAACAAGAUGAGUGGAAGAACCAUGAAGUACCCCUAUACCAUAACUGCGAAGUUUCUUUCCUUCCCCUACAAAUAUUACUACAAGAAUGUAUGGGCUUUCAGAUAUUAUGUUUUUAGUGUGGUGCUUUGCAUGCCUAUAUUCUACAAGAUCCAAAAACUUGCAUGUUCUCCUGCCAAUGUAGCUAAGUUUGCAGAAAAGGCAGCAAAGGAGAAGGCAGCAGGAGGGCAUUAAUCUAGAAAAAAUCUACAGCUUCAGACCCAAUCAAUGUAAAUGCUCUGCAUGUGUUUUUAGUACACUUGUAUAAAAUGUGACUAAUAAAUUGUAAAUUGUU